AUGAUUCAUAACACUCGCCACCAUGUUGAAGGGACCGUUGUGUUGAUGAAAAAAAGUGUGUUGGACUACAACGAUUUCACAGCUUCCUUUCUUGAUGGUCUUCAUGAGUUUGUCGGUGAAGGAGUUUCUCUUCAACUCAUCAGUGCUGUUAACACUGAUCCAGAGAAUGGAUUGAAGGGAAAACUUGGAAAGCCUGCUAAUUUAGAUUGGAUUUCCACAUCCACACCGGAAUCUCUAACAACCGGUGAAUCCGCAUUCAAGGUUACAUUUGAUUGGGAUGAUGAAGAGAUGGGAACACCAGGAGCAUUUUUAAUAAGAAACAAUCAUCACAGUGAGUUCUACCUCAAAAACUUGACACUUAAACAUGUUCCUGGUCAAGAUGAUGAUAUCUACUUUGCCUGCAACUCUUGGAUAUACCCUGCUAAAAACUAUCAAAAAGACCGCGUUUUCUUCUCCAACAAGGUAUAUCUUCCAAGUGAAACACCAAUGCCACUAAUGAAGUACAGAGAAGAAGAGUUAGAAACUUUAAGAGGUGAUGGAAUGGGAGAGCUUGAAAAAUGGGAUAGGGUUUAUGAUUAUGCAUUCUACAAUGAUUUGGGAAAUUCCGAUAAGGGUCCAGAACAUGCUCGUCCUAUUCUCGGAGGGUCUAUCAAAUAUCCCUAUCCUCGUAGGGGAAGAACCGGUAGAAAACCUGCAAAAUCAGAUCCUAACUAUGAGAGUAGGCUGGAUCUUGAGUUGAGCUUAAAGAUAUAUGUUCCGAGGGAUGAAAGAUUCGGUCAUUUAAAGAUGUCUGAUUUUCUCGCUUACGCGUUGAAAUCCAUAGUUCAAGUUCUAAAACCUGAACUGGAAUCUCUAUUUGAUAGCACACCGAAUGAGUUUGACAGCUUUGAAGAUGUACUCAAACUCUAUGAAAGUGGGAUUGAUGUGCCUGAGGGUUUGCUUAAGGAUGUUAGGGAUAACAUCCAUGGAGAGAUGCUUAAGGAAAUUUUCCGAACUGAUGGGGAAAAGUUCCUCAAAUUUCCAAUGCCUCAAGUGAUUGCGGCGGAUAAAUCUGCGUGGAGAACAGAUGAAGAAUUUGCUAGGGAGAUGCUGGCUGGUAUAAACCCUGUCAUGAUCUGUAGUCUCCAAGAGUUUCCACCACAAAGCAAGCUAGAUCGUCAAUUCUACGGUGAUCAAUCCAGUAAAAUAACCAAAGAACACAUUGAAAUUAAUCUGGACGGGCUCACUGUGGAUGAGGCAAUUAGAGAAAGAAAAUUGUUCAUAUUAGAUCACCAUGAUUCACUGAUGCCAUAUUUAAGAAGGAUAAACUCCACCUCUACAAAGACAUAUGCUAGUAGGACAAUUUUGUUCUUGCGAAAAAAUGGAACUUUACAGCCACUUGCCAUUGAGUUGAGUUUGCCGCAUUCCGAGGGAGAUCAAUACGGUGCCAUUAGUAAAGUUUACUUGCCUGCAAAGCAAGGAGUUGAGAAUUCCAUUUGGCAAUUGGCCAAAGCUUAUGUCGGAGUAGUUGACUCCGGCUAUCAUCAGCUUAUCAGCCACUGGUUGCAUACUCAUGCUGUCGUUGAGCCGUUUAUCAUAGCUUCGAAUAGGCAACUUAGCGUGCUUCACCCUAUUCAUAAGCUCUUGCAUCCUCACUUUCGCGAUACCAUGAAUAUAAACGGACUCGCAAGACAGAUCCUCAUCAAUGGAGGUGGUGCUCUAGAGUCGACCGUUUUUCCAUCGAAGUACUCUAUGGAGUUUUCUUCCUUUCUCUAUAAGGAUUGGUCUUUCCCCGAGCAAGCACUUCCUCAAGAUCUUCUCAAGAGAGGAAUGGCGCUUAAGGACUCGAGUUCUCCACACGGUCUUCGAUUAUUAAUCGACGACUACCCUUACGCGGUUGAUGGACUUGAGAUUUGGUUUGCCAUCAAGACAUGGGUUACGGACUACUGCUCCAUUUACUACAGGGACAAUGACUCGAUCAAGGAAGACUCGGAGCUCCAAUCUUGGUGGAAGGAAAUAAUCGAAAAGGGUCACGGUGACAAGAAAGAUGAGCCAUGGUGGCCAAAGAUGCACACACUUGAAGAACUGAUUGAAGCCUGCACUAUCAUCAUAUGGAUUGCCUCAGCUCUCCAUGCAGCCGUCAACUUUGGACAAUAUACAUACGGAGGCUUUCCGCCGAGUCGUCCUUCUAUGAGCCGACGACUUAUGCCUGAAAAAGGAACUCAAGAAUACAAUGAACUUGUGGAAAAUCCUGACAAGGCUUUUCUGAAAACAAUAACUUCACAAUUUCAAGCUGUUCUUGGAAUUUCUCUAGUGGAAAUAUUGUCAAGACAUGCUAGUGAUGAGGUCUACCUUGGAGAGAGAGACACUCCAUAUUGGACUUGUGAUGGAAAGGCAAUGAAGGCUUUUGAAAAGUUUGGAAGUAAACUUAGUGAAAUUGAGAAAAGGAUUGAGAUGAUGAACAAUGAUGAGAAACUUAGGAACAGGUUUGGUCCAGUGAAGAUGGCAUACACAUUGCUUAAACCUAGUAGUGAAGGUGGAUUAACUGGCAUGGGGAUUCCUAAUAGCAUAUCAAUUUAA